CCUCAUGCAGUCGAGCAGCCCUGCUUACGCUACACGUCAGUUUCUGUUUCGUUUUCAUACGUGGAAAUGACGAAACUCUGUGAAAUAUACGCUUUAAAAUGUCGCACAUAAAAACGCAGGUUAGUUUUUUGGCAGCUUAAUAGCACAAACUCGUCGAACACCCUCAGGACGUAUUAAAGCGAUUAUUACAGCCUUACAUUUCGAAAAGAUUACCUGGGGCACAAACAAAAACUUCUGCAGCCUUAUCAACAGUCAAGGCUACUGAAGUUCAUACAUGUUUAGCUCAGACAAAGACUGGAAGAUUUUACUGCAGUUUCAAGCUUUUCACCUGAAUUUUCCUUUCUAGUAGGUUCAAGGUAUCCUGAUUCCCCCCAAGAUUCAGCCUUGGAAUUGGAGCUGCAGAAAUGAGACCGGGCCAAAGGGGAGUCAGUCUGGGGCUGCUAAUGCUCGCCUCCCAGAUCUUUCAGGUGGGGAUCAACAAUAUCCCCCCUGUAACACUGGCUGUUUUAGGGCUUAACAUCUACCUUUUCCUGGUGCCCCAAAAGAAACUGCUGAACGUGUGCAUAAGUGUGCAGAAUGCCUACGUUCACAAAGACUGGCAGCGGCUCCUCUUGUCACCCUUUCACCAUGCUGAUGAUUGGCACCUUUAUUUCAACAUGGUGUCCAUGCUGUGGAAAGGGCUGCGUCUGGAGAAAAGACUAGGCAGCCUGUGGUUUGGCUAUGUUAUUGCUGUUUUCUCCCUGUUGACUGGUGUUGUCUACAUCCUUUUGGAAAUAGUCCUAGCUGAAUUAACUGAAGACCAGUCCUACAAAAUGCAGUGUGCUGUUGGUUUCUCAGGAGUUUUGUUUGCUUUGAAAGUGGUAAACAACCAUUACUUUCCUGGAGGUGUGACUAAUGUGAUGGGGUUUCCAGUUGCCAAUAAAUAUGCCUGUUGGGCUGAGCUUGUGCUCAUCCAUGUGCUGUCACCUGGGACUUCCUUUGUCGGACAUCUGGCAGGAAUUCUUGUUGGACUGAUGUACACCAAGGGGCCGCUGAAGACAAUAAUGAAAAUAUGUGCAGGAUUAUUUUCUCCUAAUGGAUAUAGUGGUGGUCAAAGAUACUACUACAACUCCUCAGGUUACAGUGGUUACCGAGGUCAGAAUCAAUCCAGGCCUUACGGAAACAACAAUUCUGCCCAGGCCUAUGGCCAUCCUUCAUGGUAUGACACAUAUACAGGAGGACUGAGCGAAGAGGAGCAGUAUGAAGCCGCUCUCAGAGCUAGCGUGCACCAAAGGGGUGGCUACCAAGAGGGAAGGCCUCCAUAUGGCUUUAAUAUCCCACCACAGUCAUCGACUGCAGAAGAGAUAAGACAUAGAAGACUGAACAGAUUUGCAAGGUGAAGAAGAGGACAUUUAAGUGUCUAUGAACAAUAAAUGGGUUGUGUGUGUUUUUGAUAUAAAUUACAAGCUGACAGAUGUUGAGUAAAAAGUGUGCUUGAGUAUUUCUUUCAGUUAUUACAACAUUGAACCAAAAAAAAAACACUUAUCUCUGCAGAUCUCUGUUGCCUGCCUGUACCAGCUAAUAGUUUGCAUUUUAUUAUGCGAGAGAGGGAUAUAUAGGAUAGUUGCAAUAAAUAGACGUAGCUGCGAUUUGGCCGGCACUAUGUUGGAGCUCAUGCCAGUCAACCAAGUAAUAAGACGUUUGUGGACAUAUGUGUAUAUUGUAUGUGUGUUCGUGACCUGUAAUAUACCAGUGAUGUACAGAUAACUGGAAUUUCAAAGAUACAAGUUCAAAGCCUGCCAUCAGUUUAAACCUGAGUGUUCAUGUUUUUUUACAGUAGUGACUGGAUGAGUGUGAAGAACAAAUCAGCAUGAAUAAUUCAAUUUUAUUUAGUAGCAAUGUUAAAAAAAACUAAAUUUUCUAAAAAAGCCAGGAGCCUCUCCUUUACUUUCAGGUCUUAGUGCAAGGUGAAGACAGCGCAUAUUCUAAAGUGGAAACAUAUAUCAUUAAGUUGUUCGCUCUACAUAGAUCAUGACAGAGUAAUUUUACAACAUUUAUGAAAAUAGCUUACAUUGGCAGAUUUCUAAACCUGUUAAUUGCUACUUAUAACUACAUUAUAAGUAGUUAUUUCUUUCUUUAAAAGAUGGGAGACUGUUUUGGGGUGUGAGGUCAUGCAGUUUACACUUUCUAAGUACAUACUAUAGGAAGAAUUGUUAACACAGAAGUAGCCAUUACAUUUCCAUCACCAAUCGAUAACCAUACAAUGAACUGGCAAGGUACCCAGAUAUAGACACUGUAUUAAUGUUUUCUUAUUGUGCCUUAUGGGUUAUAAGGGCUUUAUACAUGAAUUUGCAUCACCUUAAAAAGUAUUACUAGAAACUGUUUACACUGUCAAAAUUUGUUCAUAAACUGUUAAAUAGUAGUUAAUAAUGGGGUUUUCAAUCAACCAUUCUAGUUUGAUAUUCUUUGUAACU